GGAGCCCACCUCCAAUUGGGAGAAGCUUCCUCGAAGCUUCCUCCAAUUGGAAGCUCCCUCUUCUGUUUGCCUACAAAGAAGGGAUCACCCUUCCUAUGUAAUCGGAGUAUGGAAUAAUACAAUGGAAAAGAACGGAAACAUAGAUUGAAUGAGGAGAAAAUUCUCCCUCCUCUCUAUCUCAAUUUUCUUCUCCAAUUUCUUCAGUUUAUAACACGUUAUCAGCACGAAUAUCUCUAAAAAUACCAGCUAGGAAAUUCGAUCAAAUCCUGCAGAACCAAGUUUGCUCAUAGAUUUGUUCGAUCCCUCUUGCAAAUCAGAAACCAUGCUCCGCCUAGCUCAUCGUCACCUUGAUUCCAGGUAGAACACCUCCUUCCUUCAUUAUGGACACAGGAAGCAGCCUUGUUUGGUUCCCCUGCACCAAACGCUACAUUUGCUCUAGAUGCCAAUUCCCAAACAUCAACCCAGCAAAAAUUCCAACUUUCAAGCCCAAAUUGCAACAACCCGAGUCACCACAACUGCUCGCAAGCCUGCCCAACUUACAUAAUCCAGUACGGUUCAGGCACCACAGCUGGGAUUUUACUUUCCGAGACACUCGAUUUUCCCAAGAAAAUUGUCAGAAGUGAUGAUGGAGACACUGCUGAUCAACGGGAGGGGACAGUACAACUGCUCUCUGGCAGCGCACUAUAGCAAUUCCAGUUCAAGCCAGUGCAGUCUAAGAGGAAGCGAACAAUGCGCACCCCCUAUUCUCCAUGUGCUUCCAAACAAGAUCUAUCGGCUCAGAAUCGCCAGCACCACUGCCCUUGCUUCACUCAACUUGGCCAUUGGGAAUCACAAAAUGGUGGUGGUGGAAGCCGAUGGAAACUAUGUGCAGCCAUUUGCGGUGGAUGACUUGGACAUCUACUCAGGCGAGAGCUACUCAGUGCUCAUAACCACCGACCAAGACCCUUCCAACAACUACUGGCUCUCAGUUGGAGUGAGAGGAAGAGAACCCAAAACUCAACAAGGCCUCACAAUCCUAAACUACCACCCAAAUUCAGCAUCAAAGCUUCCAGCUUCUUCCCCUCCUGUCACUCCUCUGUGGAACGAUUACAACCACAGCAAGUCCUUCACCAACAAGAUCUUCGCCUCAAUGGGGUCCCCGAAGCCCCCGAGAAACUAUGACCGUCGGAUCACCCUCCUCAACACCCAUUGACAUCCGACCAAGCCAUGAGCAUGCACUUCUCACGUGACUGCGACUCCUGCGACGGCGACGGCGACGGCCAGUGCGAGUUCUGCUCCGUCGAGUUUCAUCUUCGCGGUAAGUACCAUUCCGACCUCCCCAUACUCCACCAGGCCCAACCCAACAACGCAGCCGCCGACGACGACAACGACUCCAGUUCCGAGCUCUUGAGCUUUCCGUCGGUGUCUCCUUGGAUUGAUUGCCGUCGUCGAAAGCUCAGGAUGAGCCUCCGGUUCGAACACGCUCAGGUCUGGCUCCGAUAAGGCCAGCGACACCACAAGGCCUGGUUCCGGUCUGGACCAUCGGCGGCGCCGGACUGAUGGGUCCCAGUGACCAAGCUCGGCCGCCUCCCCGUGGCUCCACUCAGACCUUGCUCAUGGCUGCCGACACUAGCAAUGGUGCUGCUUGGGUUCCAUGUAAUGGCAUGGAGCUGGUCAACAGGUGAAGCCCAUAGUAGUUGUCGUAAAGUGGUGGAGAUUGGAAGGUUGCAGUUUUUAUCAUGUCUCAAGUUGAUCUUGCAAGGGAAGCUGCCCUUUUGUGCAUCCUGCUGUUUUGGUGGAAACUUAUUAACAACAAGGGGAGGACGCAUUCACUUUCUGGGGUACUCCAGAAGGUGAUCUGGUCCAUGAGCGAGCUCUUUGCAAGGCUAUGUCAAAAGCUUUGAUGAUGUAGUGGAUGACUGCACCAAUCACUUCACAAAAGCAGAGAAUAUGCUGUCGACAAAGUUGGCUGGACAGCACAUGUUGCCGAGUGCCCAUGUUUACAGCCCCACACAC